UUUCACUUUCAGGCUAGCCUCUGCCUGAGCUCACACAGACAGACUGCCCAGAGGGCGAGAGAGAGAUAGUGGGUCUGUUUCUCUCACUCUGUCCAUUAGCCAUUUAAAGGGUGAGAAGAGAGUGAGGUCUGUAAUAUACUGGGUCAACAGGGGAGAGAGCGAUAGAGAGAGAGAGACAGACAGACAGAGGGAGGGAGAAAGAAAGGGAAAGGCUGCAGCUUGACAAACUGGGAGGUGGGAAAAUCCAAAGUGAGAGCACAGUGCAGAUUGAAUGAGAGAAGGGGGUGUGGAGAUUUGGAAAGUACCAGGGAGACAAAAGGAGGAAUUCUAAAAAAGGGGUCAACUAAGCUGGAGUCUCAACAGAAGAGGAAAAAGAAAAGACUCAGAGCUCUCUCUCUCUCUCUCUGUGUCACACACUUGACGGAACCGCUGAGGAAACUCUGCCUAGUCAGACCAGAGGAUUUAUUUCAGCUGCGUAUUGCAUGCUUUCAAACACAGAAAUGGAGAAGUGGCCUUUCUCAUGAAGAUAAAAGGAUGUUACGAUCAGUUUUUCUGUUGCUAUCAAUAUUGACACUCCAAGGUAGCGGAUGUGAUUACUUUUUGAGGGGGGUUGUCGAUAAUCUUCAAACCACCCUUAACUCAGACCACGCUGGAUUUCGUAAGGUGUUCCCUAAAGACUAUUGGAUUUCCCACCACUACAAUGUCAACCUGCUGUGCAACACUGAUCCGUGUUGUGUGUUCCGAGCUGCGACUGUUCUCUCUGACUCCUGGCUCCAGCUCCGCAGCCAGCUGUGGCCAGAGCACCAAAGCUUCGAAUUCAUCUCCAACCUUAUACAAGCCCUGGGUGACAGGUAUAUGACAAAAGGGAGAUUUGAGGAUCCUGACCCUUCAGUUCUUCCCUCUGUCUCCUCCUCUCCAGAGGAACUUCUCAACUUCACUUCAUCUGUUUUCUCCAAAUGGCUGGAGCUGGAGUGCUCAACCCCGGUGGACACUUGUCCCUUCCCCACUCUGGCCUCUCCUACUGGGGAGGAAGAAAGGGCAGCUCUGGAAAGCAAACAAGUGAGGUUAUUAACCACACGAGCAGUUCACAUGGAGAAUGAAGGGGAAAUAGGGAUGAGGUUACACACACCUCCACCAACCAAUAGGAGCCCACCAUCCAAAGGUGGGCUCCUAUUAGUUCUUUCUGGGUCUUUUUUUUUAAACCUUUAUUUAACUAGGCAAGUCAAUUAAGAACAAAUUCUUAUUUACAAUGACGGCCUACAUUGGAGCCUCCUGUUAUGUGGACUGCCUGGAUGCUACUGUAGAGCGGUUGCUAAAGUUACUGAAGUGGAUCUCUAAUGGCGCACACAAAAUGGUUUGGAGCACUUGUUGGCUUUUUCUUCUCAAUCUGUCCAUUUUAGCUGUUCUAAUGCAGUAAGCUUUGUCAAUCAAGUGACUGACAUGCACACUUAAUUGUUGCACUGAAUGUACAACUGCAGUCAAGAUUAUGUAUAGAAUAACAACCUUUUAAUUUACUGUCUGCACACCAGAGUUCUAUUAUCGCCAUAAGAAACCAUUACGUACCUAUACAACAUAGCCAUAUGUAUAAAAAGCCAUAUUCUAUGCAAGCUAACUAAACACUAACAAGUGUUUUAUAUUGAGCAAGAUACAGAACAUAAAUUAUUGUCCAAUAUUUCUGAUCAAAUUCAUAUGAUGUUUAUUUACAAUGCAGUGGAAUUUGAAUAUUUGUUUGUUUGUUGGUCUUCAAUUAAUGUUUUUUUUUUCUUCUAUGAACUUUUGUACAUACUGCAUCUUGUAAAUAAAAAUCAUGCAGCUGUUA